CGACGGAAAGAGGCCGGUUUCCGGAGGUCAAGCCUCAGAGGUAUUAUCAGAUAAAAAGAACUUCAGCUUUCAUUCGAUUGUUUAUUUUCCUUGGAAUUUUCCUCUCUAGAAAGAACCCACAACUUCUUCACCCAUGAACGCAUCUCGUCGACUUGCUCAGAUCUCUUCCACUCUAAUUCGCACACAACGCUUCCGUCCCAUUAUCAACAACCCCACCGCCAUCCCACCUCUAUUCAAAAUGGCCAGCAACAUGACCGCCAUCAACAGCAAGGACGCCGCUCCUCCUGCUGGCCCCUACUCCCACGCCAUCAAGACCCCUCACGCCAUCUACUGCUCCGGCUCCAUCCCUGUCGACGCCCAGGGCAACAUGGUCGAGGGCACCAUCCAGCAAAAGACCGAGGCCUGCAUCAAGAACCUGGCUGCCGUCCUCAAGGAGGCUGGAUCUUCGAUCGAGAAGGUCGUCAAGGUCAACAUUUUCCUUGCUGACAUGGAUAACUUUGCGGCCAUGAACGAGGAGUACGCCAAAUGGUUCACCCACAAGCCUGCUCGCAGCUGUGUUGCCGUCAAGACUCUGCCCAAGAACGUGGAUGUCGAGCUUGAGUGCAUUGCCAUGCCCUGAUUGGGGGUAAAAGACGAGCCAAAUGUCUACUACGACAGGUCUAGUUUAAUAAAAAAAGUAAAACGCAGCCACUUGCUCCAAUAAUAAUGCCCGUACACUACAUACACUCCACUAGCCUGGGCCAACAUGUCUC